UUCCGUCUCGCUGUGCACCUUGGGAAACCGGAAGUAAACGUGGACAUCAUCGCUGGAAAAUUCGUCUGUUAGCAACGCACGUUUCAGCGUUAUUACAGUCUUUAUAGGGCAUCUAAGUUAUUUCUGAGCACAUAAUGGCUACUGUAGAGGAACUGCAGACCAGAGUCAAACAACUGGAAGAAGAACUGGAACGAGAGAGGACUCGAAAUCGCGGAGGAACUGAUGGGGGAGGGGGGCGGAAGAAGAUUGACCAAAUGAGCUCGGAGGUUGUGGAUUCUAACCCUUACAGCCGGCUCAUGGCUCUGAAGAGAAUGGGGAUAGUUGACAACUAUGAGAGAAUUCGUGAUUUCACAGUAGCGAUUGUCGGUGUAGGUGGAGUUGGGAGUGUCACUGCAGAGAUGUUAACAAGAUGUGGGAUCGGAAAGUUGUUGCUGUUUGACUAUGACAAGGUAGAACUGGCCAACAUGAACCGACUCUUCUUCCAACCACACCAGGCAGGACUCAGUAAGGUCCAGGCAGCUGAGAUUACUCUCAGAGACAUCAAUCCAGAUGUUGAGUUUGAAACACACAACUACAACAUCACAACUGUAGACAACUUUCAGCACUUUAUGGACAGAAUAAGCCAUGGCCAUUUGAAAGGCGACCGGCCGGUGGACCUAGUUCUCAGCUGUGUGGACAACUUUGAAGCUAGAAUGGCCAUCAACACGGCAUGUAAUGAACAAGGCCAGGUGUGGAUAGAGUCAGGUGUGAGUGAAAAUGCAGUGUCAGGCCACAUACAGGUGAUCAAGCCUGGAGAGACUGCAUGUUUUGCUUGUGCACCACCAUUGGUGGUUGCAUCAGGAAUUGAUGAGAAGACCCUGAAGAGAGAGGGAGUGUGUGCAGCCAGCCUCCCAACCACCAUGGGCAUUGUGGCAGGAUUCCUCGUGCAGAACACUCUCAAAUACCUGCUGGAGUUUGGCAGUGUCACCUACUACCUUGGCUACAAUGCCAUGCAGGACUUCUUCCCUUCCAUGGCCAUGAAGCCCAACCCAAACUGUGAUGACUCAUUCUGUACAAAACUGCAGACGGAAUAUCAGGAAAAGCUGUUAGCUCAACCUAAAGAAGAAGCUAAAGAGGAGACUGUAGAAGAAGUGGUACAUGAUGCUAACGACUGGGGUAUUGAGCUGGUAGCAGAAACAACAGAAGAAGAACUGAAAGCAGCAUCACAUGGACAUGUACCAGAGUUGGUGGAAGGGGUACAUGUAGCGUAUGUCAGACCAAUGACACAAGAGGAUGAGGAGGGGGCUGCAGGUCUCACAGUGGAUGAUCAGGAAAGUCUGGAGGAUCUCAUGGCAAAGAUGAAGAGUAUAUAGCAAUGCAUUCUGGGAGGAAGCAAGGCAUUGUGGGUAGAAAAAAGUUGAACAAUUUAAAGUAAC